ACCAUAUUUCUUUUUGCCAGGUGAUGAGAAAAAAAAAGGAGAUAAGGUCUGCAAUUUAUUUGGGUUCCUGUGCUUGAAUAGACAAAACAGGUUACUGUAAAAUGGUCCCAAUUCUCAUUUUUAACCUGGUUGUUGUUGUGUUCGCAAAUCUUCGGCCAGUCAAAGCGCAUGAGUGGCACUUGGAUGGUGACGGUGAUUGCAAUCCAGGCUACCGGCUCAUGACAGACGGUAAAGCUUGUAUGGAUGUUGAUGAAUGCGCGGACACGCCUGGAAUCUGUUCUCAAUACUGCGUUAAUACUCCUGGCUCUUACUACUACAAAUGUAACGAGACUUAUUAUGAACGUGAAGCGGAUAAACGCACUUGCAAGAGAAAAGAUUCAAUUACGCCCUGGUUGAUUUUCACCGACCAACACUUCGGCUGUAACAUGUCGAUCGAUGCUAAACAGUACGCCUUCGUUCAACAAGACUUGCGCAACGUAGUCGCCAUUGAUUUCGACUUUCGCGAAGAUCGACUUUAUUUUGCCGAUGUCAAUGCUAAGACGAUCUACCGUACCUUUGUCAACGGAACAAGCACCAAAGAAACAGUCAUCAAACAAAAUGUUAGAGAAUUGGAAGGUUUGGCUGUCGAUUGGGUCGGUCGUAAACUUUACUGGCUGGAUAGGGAAAUGAAACACCUCGAAGUAUCUGAACUGGAUGGCACACGCCAAAAAACACUGAAGACUGAUGACAUUAAGAAUCCGAGGGCUAUUGCUGUGCAUCCAGGAGUUGGAUACCUGUUUUUCACGACGUGGCACAUGCAAGCUUACAUUGGACGGCUGGGCAUGGACGGAAACAAUUUCACUCGCAUAGUCACCUAUGAGCAACGACUUGCAUGGCCAAAUGCUCUUACGAUCGACUACAUAACAGACAAGCUUUUUUGGGCAGAUGCUCGUUUUCAUUAUAUUGCUUAUUCCGACUUGGAUGGCCGUAAUCGGCGAUACGUUGUCCAAAAUGCGCUGAAAGUUCCGCACAUCUUUGCCAUCGCCGUUUUCGAUGAUUUCGUUUUCUGGACUGAUUGGAGCUUGAAGGCUGUCUGCCGAGCUAAUAAAUGGACGGGAAAGAAUUACGUGGUGUUACGUAACGCAACACAAAAAUUCUACGGUCUUAACGUUUACCAUCCACUCAGGCAAGCAUCUUACCUCAACCCCUUGUGGAACAAAUAAUGGAGGUUGUUCCGAUUUGUGUCUUUUGUCACCAUCCAAAAAUGGAACUGCUGGUUUUAAAUGCCUCUGUCCUAACCAAUUCAUUUUGGCUCCGGACGGAAAGACUUGUAUCGCUAAUUGCACUGCAGGCUUUGAUGAAUUGUCGGAACAAUGUCCGAAAUGUAACGAAACUUUCGAAUUCCAGUGCAAAAACAAACGUUGCAUUUCGCGCAGCUGGACCUGUGAUUUUGAAAACGAUUGCACCGACGGCGAUGACGAAGACUAUGAACUUUGCCGCCACCAGUACCGUGAAUGUUCCGCCUCAGGAUUCCGCUGCGCUUCGGAUGGAAAAUGUGUUCCGGGCUAUUACCGUUGCGAUCACGACAGCGACUGUGAUGAUGGAUCGGAUGAGAUCAGAUGUGAGGGUUUUGCGUGCUUAAACGGAACGUUUUAGUGCAAGAGUGGUCAUUGCAUCUCGCAACAAUUUCGCUGCGAUGGCGAACAGGACUGCCACCCAGAUGCAUCGGACGAAGAUGACUGUCCAUUUCGUUCUUCAGGGCAACGGAUCAAGAUGAUUCUUAAGAAAAGAGAGCAAUUAAUUUAUGUCAACUCGACUCUCACGAUCAGUUGCAUUUAUGCUUUUGAAGAUUCAUAUCAAAAAAAAAAUUCCGAUAUUGUGUGGGACUUUCCAAAUGAUCUAAAAAAUGCUGAGGUGAUGGAUGUAGUUCGUCGUCUUAACAAGAAAUUUAUCAGAAACGAGACUCAUAUGGUAUCGACGGUUACUCUGUUGAAUACGAGAACCAAAGACACCGGCUACUUUGAGUGCAAGGGUACUCCCAAUUGCUACCUCCAAACGGCGUCAAUCAAGAAAUACGUCUACAUUUAUGAUGGCAUAGAGUUAAUCAGUGUCGAAAAUUUCCUGGAUAUUCCGCACGGCCAAAUUCAUUAUAUAAUUUCGUGUAGGCCAACUCAUCCCGACGUCAAAGUGUCGUUGGUUCACACGCAUCAGUACACUGCACAAGGAGAAAACUUGUUGAAACUUAAGGAUAAUCUUUUAGAAGAUCCAGAUUCGAAUUGGUCAUUCGACCAGAAAAUCGGGCUGAAACUUAAGAAAGCCAAAAUCAAUGAUUCCGGCCGUUAUGAGUGUGCUGGAUUGUUGAACGGAAAGAAGCAAUUCUCUUAUAUAAACAUAACAGUUAUUGGAAUGGAACUAUCAAAAGUUAAUAGUACGGAUGAACCAACGAUAGGAAGUAAUGUUACAUUAAUUUGUCGUACCUUUUAUACAUCCAGCAUCUCUAAGCGCCCGGUAUGGACCUACUGGAUCAUCACUAACGAAUCGAUGCAACUUAUCGAUGAAACUAACCCGCCUAGAGGUAUCCUGAUUAAGACAGAUCGCUUUAGUUACAGAGACGAAUUACUUUACGAAAGCCGAUUAGUCUUAAUCGAUGUAGCACCAAAUGCUUAUAGUUUUCAAUGCCGAGCAACUGAGACGCGUAGCAUUUCUUUUCGCGUUGGAGGUCUAGAAAAAGACACGAGCGUCAUUGCUCUUGCUGUGGCCCUUGUAGUUUUCACUAUAUUCGGAAUUGCUGUCGGUGUCAAAUUUUACACGUACAGGAGAGGAAAUGGGUUUGCUCACGCCUUUGACAGCGUACUGAAUGGGAAUGUGAAUCAACUUAACACUGAAUUAUCGAUCGAGAAUCAAGUUGAUUUUCUCCCCUAUGACAAACAAUGGGAAUUUCCCAGGCAUCGACUAAAAUUGGGAAUAGAGCUGGGAACGGGCUGCUUUGGCCGAAUUUUUAAAGCCAAAGCUAUAGGGAUUAAAGACUGUGAUGGAAGUGUGAAAACGGUGGCCGUUAAAAUGAUCAGAUCAAAGACGAACGCCACCGCUAUGGAAGAUCUCAUAAGCGAAUUGAAAAUUCUUGCCUAUUUGGGAUGUCAUCUUAACAUCGUUAAUUUACUAGGAGCCUGUACAAAGCAAAUUAACAAAGGUGAUUUAUUGGUAAUCCUUGAAUACUGCCGAUUUGGCAAUUUACAAACUUACCUCAUCAAACAUAGAAACUACUUUGUCAAUCAACUGGACGAAUUUGGUAAUUUAAAAACGAAUGGUGAAGUAGUAAAUCACAAUACCGUCAGUGCAAACCAAGGCAACACCAAAGUGGAUGACAAUCAAGCUCAGUCAAAUGCAAGAAACAUAUCUGUUGAAACCAUCCUGAUGAAUCCAAACACAGAGAUCCCAUCCGCACCCGUUUCCAUCGCGUUAUGUGAACCACAUAAUUCAACAUGGACAUCUGAUUCAGAAGGUUCUAAACCUUUGUGGCAUUUUCAGCAAGAUCCAUCCACCAUUUCAGAUGUAUCUAUUUCAACACGAGAUUUAAUCUCAUGGUCUUUCCAAAUAGCUCGAGGAAUGGACUACUUGGUUAGUAAAAAGGUUCUCCAUGGUGAUCUUGCUGCCCGUAACAUUCUGCUCGCCGAUUAUGGAGUUGUCAAAGUGGCCGAUUUUGGCAUGUCUAAAAACUUGUACUAUAAAGAAAACUAUAAGAAAAAAGGACGGGGGCUGUUGCCAGUCAAAUGGAUGGCCAUUGAAUCUCUGACUGAUCGCAUCUUUUCCAGCCAAUCUGAUGUCUGGUCAUACGGCAUUCUUCUUUGGGAAAUCUUUUCUCUUGGCAAGGUUCCAUAUCCAGGUAUGGACGUUGCUCACGUACUUGUUAAGGAAAUUCUCAAAGGAUAUCGCAUGGACAAGCCAGAUUUUGCGCCCAUAUUCAUUGCCAAUGUAAUGGCCAGCUGUUGGAACAAGGAUCCAAAAGGAAGACCAACAUUUGGGCAAAUGGAAGAAAUUAUUUGCGGUCAUAUGGAAUCGGUCGUCAGCUCUAGGUACCUUAAUAUGAAUGAUCCAUACGUUAAACUUAAUGAAGAGAAGAACAACACAACUCCCAAUGACCUUUAUGGUUUGGCGAAGUUGUUGCAAGAUAAAAUCCCUUCACAAUCAACGAAAAAUGCUAAACGAUAUUCGGCAUCCCCUACACGAUUGUCUUCAAAUGAAAACGUCGAAUAAGUUCGUUAUAACAAAUUUUCUCCCUCAAAGGAAAGUUUGCCUUUAACAUCUUAAAAAAUGUAAACCCGUCAAAUUAUUAAGACAAGACAAUAAUCUCCCUCGAUCAACUUUAAAAAAAGGCGUACGCAUACCGUUAAUUUAUCUCGAGUAGACAACAGAGCAUUUGUUACUACGUAAACCAGAGAGGAGUGCGGGAUGUCCAAUCAAGGUUUGAAAGACGAAGGUUUAUCAGCAGGUGAAAGAUCGAGUGAAGACGCAUGGAAGAUGCCACUUUGUCUUGAAACGAGUCUAGCACGAACGUCACCUGCAGUCCAACAAAUUCUGUGUUGCUGUUCAUUUCACUCUUUUCUUUAGUAGGUGUACUAAUGGGGUUAGGGCAAGGCGGAAAGGACGCGAUGAAAAGGCUCUUCUGUCGACCAGCUAAGUAAGUGCCAAUGUGUGCUAGCUAGCACAACGCAUAUACCUGACAGCUAUUUUUUAGUGAUGUAUGGGCGCAAAAAUGAGGAAGGAACUCAGCAACAAUCUAACAAUAGACAAGGACAGCAAAGGGAAUGGGCAAUGUAAAUUUGAAUCAUAAUCUGGGGCAAUCCUUGAUGUAAUGCCCCUUAUCGGAACACUGAAGAGUAAAGGUGGACUGUUGUUCCGUAGCCGCCGAUUGUUCCAGAAGAGGCCUCAGAAGACGAAAGCCUUGUAGGAAGAACCGCAGUGUCUGUCUAUGUUGUUAAUUAAAUAUAUAAGCUAAAAUUAUUUAAAAUUAAUUAUGCGAAAAAAACUUACUCUUUGGCCAACUUUGCCAGUGGCUAGUGGCGUUGAAUCCAUGUCCGGCGGACCUGGUUCUUUGGCUGACGGACCUGGUUCCUCGGCUGACGGACUUGGUUCCUCGGCUGACGGACCUUGGUUCCUCGGUUGACAGACCAGAUUCCUCGGCCGGCGGACCUGGUUCCUCGGUUGACAGACCAGAUUCCUCGGCCGGCGGCCCAGCACAUUCGACCGGAUCAGCGACGUCCGAGAGUGAAACUUCGCUGGACAGCAAAGCGUCACAAUAAAGCGAGGCAUCACCGUCCGGCUCCACUUCACUCUGGCUGCUUUUUCUCUCGGCCUCGUUGACUGCUGCAGCCCUGGAACAUAGAGAUAAGUUGAAUUUAGUUGAAUUACUCAUAAAUAAAUUUAAAAAUUCAUACCGUUUGUUACGCAGAUAUUCUUUAACAAGGGACUUGCAAUUUGAACAGUUAGCCCAAUCGGUCCACUCCGGAUCGGCAUACUCAACGUACUUUAACAAGUACUGGACUUUUGUGCGUCUGUUGUCCAACAGCACCACCCUAAAAAGUAAAAACGACAAAGGAAACUUCACAGCAUCCUUCCUUUCUGGACCUCCUCCUUUAUCAAAAAAAAAAAACUACAAAUUAGACUGUAGGACCGUAGGAUGCUGAAAAUUGGCCAUUUCUUUCUUUUUUAUUUAUUUAUUUUUUUUCACAAUUUUUUUUUAUUUCAUUAAGUUUUCUGUAUUAUUCAAUCUGUAACUCGAAAAAAAAUGUAACAAAAUAAUAUUUAGAUGCAGUUUGUCACUGACUCUGAUUUCGUUUCGAGAAGGAAUAAAUUUGGCAUCACUGUUGGCGUGUUACAUGUAGAGACAGAAGAAAAGAAGAUGGUUGUGGCGAUUCUUUGUUUAUACAUCUCUUUACUUCUGUACCUACCCGUAUUGCUUUUAUUACGUACACAAGGCAUACAGUGUGAAUUAUCAAGUCGACAAGUGCUAGAGUUUUCGGUCUCUGUCGCGUGGUUGUAACUUGUCACACACACAACAGUCGUAUGUUUUUCAGCUGCUGCCUUAAUUGUGAAAUAAACUAGUGGACCACGUGAAUGGAUUGGUGCUGAACAAUCUGUAGACUAGCUUAAUGAUCAUUCAAUCAGUGCAUCGCGUACUUUCUUCUUAGUUAAUGAGAAAGAAAGAAAACAGAAUGAUCAGUUGGUUGCCAUUUCGUGGUAUUCAUGGCGGGAGUGCAAAAGCCAUGAACUAAUCGCCUGUUGUAAACCAAAGGUCUAUCGAUGGUUGUGCUGUCUUUAAAUAAACCCAAAAUUCUCUAUUCCA